CAUUCUCUCUCUCGCCUUAGUCUGUUCGAGCACACGAAACACCACAUCUUCCUUCCACAAUGGCCGAAAGAGAUGUUAAGAGAGCAGGAGGGUCGCCUGCUGCAGCCGGCCGCCCGAAGUACAGCGAGAUGGUCGCCGCUGCCAUCGGGGCCUUGAAGGAGCGCAGCGGUUCCUCCCGUCAGGCGAUCCUCAAAUACAUCCUCGCUUUCUACGGCGUCGGGGACGAGAAGAGAGCUGGUCUUCACGUUAAGCUGGCGUUGAGGAAGGGCGUCACCAGUGGCUCUCUGGUGCAGCUGAAAGGCACCGGGGCUUCUGGCUCUUUCAAGCUUGCCAAGGUGGAAGCGGCGCCGAAGAAACCCAUUGCUAACAUAGCAAGAACCAAAACAGCGGCGACGAAGAAGCCAGCCUCAGAGAAAUCGGCCGCGAAAAAGACUACGAAGCAAAUACUUGCGAAAAAGAACUCUGUCAAGAAGGCCACCGCCAAAAAAGACGUCAAGCGGAAACCGACCACCAAAAAGGAAUCACUAAAGAAAGCCACGAAGGAAAAGGUUUCGGCAAACAAAUCCACCAACAAGAAACCUACGUUGAAGAAAAAUGCGAUCAAGCAGCCAACCGCUAAGAAGAUAGUCAAGAAGUCUGUAAGUAAGAAAACGGAGAAGAAAUCCACAAAUAAGAAGGUUGUCAAAAAAUAACCCUGGCUAGGAACACCUUAUUUACAGAUGCCAAAUAAAUUAUAUUCAGCAA